UGUCCUAGACGCACAUUUCUCGCGUCACUCAUACUUGCGACAAAAUUCAUCCAUGAUAAAUCAUAUUCCAAUCGUGCAUGGGCAACAGUGUGUAAGCUCCCAUCUCGGGAAGUGAGCAGAUGUGAGCGCGCAUUGGGUAAUGCUUUACAGUGGCGCUUGUGGGUC